AUGAACAUUGAGGAGGAGCGGGGGCCGAUCGAGGGACCGCCAGAAGCUACGGUCAUUCGCCGCGCCAAAAGCUAUAGCGACUUUUACAGGGCUGUCAAAGCACAACAACGACAGCAAAAUGGGCGUCACGCCGAUGGAAGAGAACAAAAGCCCGUUCCGGCGCUUCGUUCAGAGCUCGAAUUUGGAGCCUCCUACCGCGAAUUGGAAGAGGAGCUGCUCCAGGCGAGCAAUGAGGACUACCAAAUAUACCUUGAUCAAAUAUACCUCUCUCAGGCCCACCUUGACUCGUUGCUCUCUGAAGCGAACACUACACUUAGAUUACUGUCAUCGAUCACCGAGACGUUCAAGUCUGUCGAGGCACAGACUGCAAUAUUCCAGAACCAAUGCGAGGGCCUGUUAUCAGAUCAACAUCGAAUCACAAAACUUGCAGAUGACAUUUCGGAUAACCUCAGAUAUUACUCCUACCUCGAGCCCAUAACCAGAAAAUUAAAUGCCCCAACAGCUGGCAAUUUUGUCCGAGGAAUCGAGUUUUCGGAGAUGUUGACGACUUUGGAUACUUGUCUAGAUUACAUGCAAGCUCACCCUGAACAACGGGAAGCGCCGACUUAUCGCUCGCGCUAUCGUAUGCUCUUGACACGAGCGCUCACUCUGACCCGUCUCCAUUUCGUCAAUGCUUUGCGUGACAUUGCAGCAGAUGUUACACGGCGAAUGGCAGACCGUCAACAGGUUAAUGACACGGCCAUGUCUGCAUUGCUCUAUGCAAAAUUCCAAGUAGAAGCUCCCGAGUUGAAGAAGCUCGCCAUGCAGAUCCAAAAACGAGCUGGUGCUCCAGCUGGAGCGGAGCCAGGGCAAGAAGGCGAAUACCAAAGCUUGAUGAAUGAGUUGUAUACCAGCUAUUCUGCCACGCGGGCAAAGCUGAUCCUGCCUCUAUCGAGAAAGAAGAUGGCUGAAAUCGCAUUGGCGCCGAGCACAUCAAAAGACAUUAUCACUUUUGCGCGGAGCAGUAUAGGAUAUUUGCGGGUGCUGUGUUCCGACGAGUACGAACUUUGGCAUGAAUGGUUUGAUGGCAAUGACGGAGUGUAUGAUUUCUUAGAGUCGAUGUGCGAGCCUCUGUACGACCAUCUGCGGCCGAAGAUUAUCCACGAAACCCAAUUUUUGAAGCUCUGCGAGCUUUGCACAUUUCUGCAAACCCAGUACGUGCAAAAUUUUGAUGAUGAUGAAGAAGAAGAGGAGGAAGCUAUCGAGGAUGACCAGUUGGACUUUUCUGUUCUCAUUCAUCCCGCACUUCAAGAUACCCAAACGCGUUUGGUGUUUCGAGCGCAGGCAAUCUUAGGAAACGAUAUUGAAAAUUAUCGUCCGACUGCCAAAGACCUCGAGUAUCCGCCUGGCGAUAGAAGAGCUUCGGUGUCCAGCACGCCCAGUGUCCAAAAACAACCAGUUCUUUCCGGCACUCGAGACCGCAAUGUUUCUCGUACGUUGCCGCCAAUGGCAAAGUCGCCGACAACUUUGGAUGGAGAAAAGGACGACCUAUUCGAUACACAGCAACUCUUUAGUGGAUGGUAUCCGACCCUUCGUACAGCCAUUUGGCUCCUCAGCCGUAUCUAUCGGCUUGUCAAUUCAACCGUAUUCGACGAUCUAGCACACCAAAUCGUCCACCAAACAACCCUAUCCCUACACCAAGCUGCGGCACAGAUCCCCAAAAUGAACCCGGAUACCGCUACACCAGUCGACUCGCAGCUCUUCCUCAUCAAACACCUCCUGAUCCUCAAGCAACAAAUUGUUGCGUUUGACAUUGAAUACGUCACCCCGGACAUUUCUCUCGACUUCUCGGCCGUCGCCAACACUUUCUGGGAACUUCGUGAACGAGGCGGCCUUUUCAAUCCCGCCAACCUCGUGCGCCUUAUGGGCGGCACGCUCCUGCCCCGUGUCGUGGAGAACAUGCUCGACGCCAAAGUCGAACUCGACGGUCGUCUGCGCACCGUCAUCAAUGAAUUUACCCACGGCUUCGCUGCGCGCGUGACCGAUCCAGUCUCACAAUCCUCCAUGUCCAAGUCUACGUCCUCGUCACCCUUUGUCCCCGCCGCCGCAGCAGCAGACGUGCGCGCCGCUGCGCAAAAAGAAGUCCCCAUCCUACGCGAAAAACUCGACCAAUACCUCGACGACCCUCGCACAAAGGAGACUCUAGUCGCGGCUGUUCGCGAACAAGUCGAAAUCGACUAUGAGGCUUUUCACGAGCGUUUACACAAUGGUGCAGGCGGAUCUGUAGCAGCAGCAAAAGGUUCACGUCCCACAACGACGUCGGCUUUGACAACCCCGACAAGAAAACACGGUAAAGGCCGCGAAGACGAUGUCUGGGAUCCAGAUACCUUUGCCGAAUGGAUCAAUGGCGUUUUCGCAGUCAAGAGCACAUACAGUAUCAGUUCCCCCGCUGGUGGCCGCCGCGCGAGCAGAACUGAUCGCCCCCCCUUGUCCCGCUCCGGAUCGAAGCUGUCGCGUACCGGCUCAAAACGGAGUCAUCGAAGCGGCACAACUGCUGCUUAA